AGAAGAAGCUCACACGUGUGUCCAACAUGUCUGCCCACCGUGUUGUUGUGUGUUGAGAAGCCAUGAGCUGUGUGGACUAGUUUGACGCCGUUUUAUUUCACAAACCGUACGGUAAAGUUAUUGACGGCGGCCUAAGAGAGCAUUAAAGCUUCAGGAUGGCGCAGAGAAAGAAGAAAAUGACGAAGAGGAAGAGGUACACAGGGAAAGACAGCGGAGACUUUGAACUGGCUGCUGAAGUUAAGGACGAUGAUUCGCCAGGGAGGAAACUCCCGCGCUUCCCGACCACAUCAGACUGCCUGUCAGAUGUGGAGCCUGACACCAGGGAGCUGGUCAGAGCCCAGAACAAGAAGAAAAAGAAGUCUGGAGGCUUUCAGUCCAUGGGUCUCAGCUACCCUGUAUAUAAAGGCGUCAUGAAGAAGGGUUACAAAGUUCCCACUCCAAUCCAAAGAAAAACUAUCCCAGUGAUUCUUGAUGGCAAGGAUAUGGUAGCCAUGGCCAGGACUGGCAGUGGUAAGACGGCUGCCUUCCUGGUGCCCAUGUUUGAGAAGUUAAAAGCCCCUCAAGCCCAAACAGGAGCCAGGGCCUUCAUCCUGACCCCCACCAGAGAGCUGGCCCUGCAGACCAUGAAGUUCACAAAAGAGUUGGGGAGGUUCACCGGCCUCAAGACUGCCUUGAUCCUCGGUGGAGACAGAAUGGACGAUCAGUUUGCAGCCCUUCAUGAAAACCCUGACAUAAUCAUCGGUACCCCAGGUCGCCUGAUGCACGUGAUCACAGAGAUGAACCUGAAGCUGAACAGUGUGGAGUAUGUGGUGUUUGAUGAGGCUGACAGGUUGUUUGAAAUGGGUUUUGCUGAGCAGCUUCAGGAGAUCAUCCGGAGGCUUCCAGACACCAGACAGACGCUGCUGUUCUCCGCCACGCUGCCCAAACUGCUGGUAGAGUUUGCCCGAGCGGGUCUGACAGAACCGGUGUUGAUUCGUUUGGAUGUCGAUUCUAAACUCAGUGACCAGAUUAAGCUGUCCUUUUUCCACCUGCGUAUGGAUGACAAACAAGCACUGCUGCUUCAUCUGCUGAGAAAUGUAGUGAAGCCUCAGGAGCAGACGGUGGUUUUUGUCGCCACCAAACACCAUGUGGAGUACAUCAAAGAGCUGCUGAAGUUAGAAGGGAUAGAGUGCGCCUACAUCUACAGCUCCCUCGAUCAGACUGCCAGAAAGAUCAAUAUUGGGAAGUUUGUGCAUCGGAAAGCCAUGGUGCUGAUUGUGACAGAUGUUGCUGCUCGUGGUAUAGACAUCCCCAUGCUGGACAAUGUCAUCAACUACAACUUCCCCUCCAAGCCCAAGCUUUUCCUGCACAGAGUUGGCCGUGUUGGACGUGCUGGACGCAGUGGUAUAGCCUACAGUAUGAUUUGCCCAGACGAGAUUCCUUUUGUCUACGACCUUCAUCUCUUCCUUGGCAGACCGGUUCAGUUUGCCACACCUGAACACACACCAGAUUCAGAGGGAGUGUUUGGUCGAGUCCCUCAGAGUAUCCUGGAUGAUGAAAGUUCCCAUUUAUUCACGGCUCAUGAAAACUCCCUGGACCUGCAAAACCUGCACCACGUCUCAGAGAACGCCUACAAGCAGUAUCUCAAGUCCCGACCAAACCCCGCACCUGAGUCCAUCAGGCGGGUCAAAACCACAGAUGUGUCCAUCAUGGCUGUCCAUCCAUUACUCGGGUCAGGUUUGGAAAAAAUGGAACUGGAGCGCCUUCAAAUAGUCGAUGCCAUCAAAGGCUACAGAUCCAAAUCAACUAUCUUUGAAAUCAACUCUAACAGUAAGUCGCAGGCUGGUGAGGUGAUGCGGAAAAAACGCUCCAAAGACACGCGACUGGUGGACAAAUUCAGCAAACAGAGAGACAGCAUGGCUGCAGAAAGCCAGCUACAUCAUGCCGUCAAGCCCAGCACCUCUGUCGACAUUGAGUUCACACACAACACGGACGAAGAAGAGGAAGAUAUAAAGGGGGUGUUCUCCACUGUGGUCGGUGGAAAAAAGAGAAGCCUGCAGGAAGGUGGGGAAGAACAGUCAAAGAACAAGAGAAGCAGGCAAUCAGGCAAAGAUGAGGAGUUUUACAUCCCCUACAGACCCAAAGACUUACACUCUGAGAGAGGGUUAAGUCUCGGCGGAGAGGGCACUGCCUUUGAACAGCAGGCGUCCUCAGCUGUCCUGGACCUCAUGGGAGACGAGGGAGCCAGGUUAAACCAGCACAAGAACAUCAUGAAAUGGGACCGUAAGAGGAAGCGCUUUGUGAGAGAAGGAGGAGGAGAGGACCAGAAGAAGAAGCUCCGACUAGACGGUGGACAGGUCAUCAAUAACAAGAAGAACAAGAAGAACUUUUACGAGGAGUGGAAGAAAAAAUACAAGGUUGAUGACGGAGGAUCUGGCUCAGAUGGAGAGGGAGGAGCAAGAGGAGGACGAGGAGGACGGAGGCCAGGAGGAGGAGGACGAGGACGAGGAGGAGGAGGAGGAGGAGGAGGAGGUCGUGGCCGUGGUCGGGGUCGUGGCCGUAGUAGUAAUCCUAACUUCCAGAGCCCUUCGCGUCCGGGACCGCAGAUGACGCCCGGUGGCCGCAGAGUGCGAUCCGAGCUGAAGACGAGCGAGCAGAUCCUGAAGCAGCGCAAGAAAGACCAGAAGCACCAGUUCCUGCAGAGCGGAGGGCUCAAGAAAUUCCGUAACGGCAAAAACAAGCAGUGGCUCGGAGAAGUCAAGAAGUCAGGCUUUGGACGGGGCGGCCAAAAGAAGGGGAAGAUGAGGAAGAAACUCUGAGGAGGACACUAAGGGACAGCUGUCUCAGAGGGACGAUGGCGAGAGAUAAUUGAGACGGAGGUCACCAUGAAGGACUGGAUGAUGAAAACUAUUAUCUCCCCAAACCACCUUAAAUAAUUUCACGGCGUCUUUCACAAAGACGAGUUGAGGAAAGCGUUUCUAGACUGUAGAGAUGAGCUACUGAACUCAGUAUGUAUAAGAAUAAUCCAAUGAACUCGAUUUCCUCUUUUGUGUGUUGGCAGACUGUACUUUUGAGUACCAAGUUAUUUCUAUACACAUUAUUAACUGAUGGCAAAAUACAGAUGUGAAUAAGACAA